AUGUCCCGCUUGGUGAACUACUUUCCCACGAUAACAGCGUUUAUCGCUUUUAUACUCAGCUUACUAUGUCUCUUCGCAGGCACACAAUUGACCGUCCUGCCCGGGGCCGAUAUCCUCACAGUCUUUCCUUCGAAUAGAAGCCAGAACACCGGCAUACAUGACUUCUACUCAAUCUACGUCAUGUCGUACUGUGAGGGGGAUCUCAUGUCAGGGAACAGGCGGUUCAUGAAUUGCUCCAGAGCCUCGUUGCCCUUCGCUUUUGACCCUUCAGCCGUGCUGUUAGAAGAGACUGGGAAUACCACCUCACUGUUGAACCUGGGGUGGCCCGACACCAUCACGGAUGAUUUCCAUGCCUUCGGCAUGACCAGCCGAAGUAUGGGGCCCCUCUACUGCAUUGGGGCCGGGGUUGCUGGCCUGGCGAUAGUGGGCAGGCUAUGGUGGACGAUCCGGCGCGGACCACGGCAGUCCGUGAUCGAGUUAGUGCUAUUACUGUCGGGUUUCGCCAUGCUCGGAAUCUCCUCAAUCAUUGCCACGGUUAUCGCGUUCCAAUUUGUCGGUCUGAUCAAUGAUCAUGGUCGGGAUACCGACGUGAGUGCCCAGUAUGGACCACAAUUUUUGGGGAUGACAUGGGCAGCCACGGGGUUGUUGCUGGGGGGUGGCAUAACCAGUUUGGUGAUGGUUUUGCUCGAUCGCAGCCGGUCAGACCUAGCCACCCCUGCAGACGACCCUGGUGAUGAAAUGAAAUCGGACCAGGUAUCGGUCAAAUCAAGUGCAGGGCCGUCGGACGCGGAGGCGGAGGCGGAAACGGAAAAGGAUGGAAACCACUGAUCGAAAGGACUUGAUAAGAGCGGAUUGGUUGCAGGGGGUAGAUAGUGCGGGUAGAAAAGGAUCGAAAUGUACCGAAUUCAGACCGGGCUAUAGAAGAUGAAGCUAUUGGGGAAGGGGGCGGAUGGCCUGGACGGGGUUAUCUUGGGGUCAAGAGCGUCCAGGAUGUAUAAAGACCCACAGAAACCCCAUGAAAGGGAUUCUACGACCGUCCAUUGUUCAUGUUGAUCGCACCCAGUGGGGGGUAGUGUUGCUGGGGAAGAACCGGUCACGUCACCAGUGGAGGGGGAUCGGGUGAGGGUCGAAUGACAUGGGCGCAUGGCCCCUCCUGCGCUGCUCGUUCCCGGCAUCGUCCAGCGCUACCGCCGGCCUGACAACCCCCAGUGGGUCUGAAUGAUGAUGAUGUUAACGACAUCCUUCCUAUGUAAUGGACGACGAUGUUGUUCCUGAGAUGAUGUAGUUGACA